AUGAAGAGACAUGGCAUUUGUUCAGCAAUGAAGUCUUCGCACUAUACCACAUUAUUACUUAAGAUAUCCAUAGUUGGAUUGAUCAUCAGCCAGAGUUUAGUGAAAUCGUAUCCGUCGUGGGAUACACCGACUACUCUUACAGAUUUUGGGCGCAAUAUCAGACAACUGCCUUGCGUCAGCCGGAGAUCCGGAGAGACGGGCGUGUGCAUGUUUGCUUACUCGUGCGCCAAAGCUAAUGGCACCCACUUGGGCACCUGCAUCGAUCGAUUCUACUUCGGAAGCUGCUGCAAGACCCAGUUGAUCACGGACAUCGAUGCAGCCAACGAACCGGACAAUUACCUGAACAACGUGGAUAACAAUGACGUUGCCGGUCCGUCCGCGACAACCGAUACAAAAACGGGCGCGCAACUGCAUCAGCAGCAGACGACUGCAGGCACCACCGCCGAUAGGUACAGCACGCUGAGGCCGAGCUCGUAUGCAGCGGCAACAGGUUACCCGCCGUCCACUCCGCAGUCGUACAAGCCCACUGGUCAGUUCACAGUGUCGUCCACUCCGUCCACCACCACGUCAACGUCCACGUCGCGCACCCAAUACACAGAGAUAUCCGUUUCAAGCAACACGAAGCCGACCUACGCAAGCAGCAGCAGCAGCAGCAUCAGCAGCAGUUCGCCACCGACCGGUUCGAUAUCGUCUUCGUACUCGACUACGAUAUCACAAUCGACGAAGCCAAUGCCGUCAACUACUUUCUCAACGGCCAAGCCUAUGGUCAAGCCGACCUCGUUCAGACCGCCACCGAUCAGAGACCAGGCAACCACCUCAACGGCCACAGCCACUGUCACCACGGCUGCCGUCCAAAAACCAAAGCCACAGACCGCAAGACCAACGGUCCAGUUCAGCGUGCCUAGCUCAACGGUCGGCUCAUCGUACGAACCAACUGCGAAGCCCUCCACGACCGGUCAAUCGUACACCACUAUGACAUCGAUGCGUCCCAGCCCACAACACAACUCCACCGUAACGGCCACGUUCUCCACCACCAAACCCGUUGUCAAACCGUCGAGCACCACCUACAAAUCGACGAUCGCAUCCGCGGCCCCGUCCACAACGACCAUGUCCACGACCGCGGCCAUGCAAAAAGUCAAACCACAGACCAUAGCCAAGCCCGCCGCGACGACGACCAAACCGAAACCUACCACCGGCAAACCAGAUGUCACCGGGUCCACUGUCGAAUCCUCGACUGGAUCUACGUACUCGGCUGGAACCACUUACGCGACUGGAUCCACGUACGCGACCCGCUCCACAGUUGAAAACGUCACCGAAAUCAUCACAAACUUCACCGCAGCCACUUCUAAUGGUCAGAAUCAGACUCCAAGUUACGGCAGCAUGACCACGGUCACGUCUACAUCACCGACUCUAGUCACUUGGACCACACUUGAUAAAGUCCCCGCUGUACCGGCUGAAAACACGAAACCACCGCCACCGAGCAUGACGCACAAACCAUCGGUCAUCGACGGUUCGACACUUCCUUCUUGGGUCAAACUUCCAGUAGAGACACAUGAACCCAACACUGUCAGCGCACCGACGAAAGAGAGCAGCUCUGGUGCAUACUCGUCGACGAUGACAAUGUCCAAGCCGACGACCCUCCCUAGUCCGUCGGACAAUGACAUCGUUGUUAUAAAUAACAAUGCUGAAACUACCUACACUAGCACGCAAAAUCCUUCAAGUACAUUGUCAAUGCUCACGUCGUCGACAUCAACGGAUUCCGUCGAAGCAGGAAAUGCUCCUCUCAAUAUGUCUAACUAUAAAGAUGUUUGUGGAAGACGACUUUUCCCAACGGCUAGAAUAGUAGGAGGUGAAAAAGUUUCUUUUGGCAAAUGGCCGUGGCAGAUUUCAUUAAGACAGUGGAGGACGUCUACUUACUUACACAAAUGUGGAGCCGCAUUAUUUAACGAAAACUGGGCUGUAACUGCUGCGCAUUGUGUUGAAAACGUUCCUCCGAGUGACUUACUCCUCAGACUCGGUGAACAUGAUUUAUCAGUAGAAGAAGAACCUUACGGUUACGAAGAACGAAGAAUACAAAUAGUCGCAUCACAUCCACAGUUCGAUCCCAGAACUUUUGAAUAUGACUUGGCACUUUUGCGAUUCUACGAACCUGUAAAGUUUCAACCUAAUAUCAUACCUGUUUGCGUUCCUGAGGACGAUUCAAAUUUUGUUGGAUCGUCUGCCUACGUCACCGGAUGGGGGAGACUAUAUGAAGAUGGACCACUACCUAGUGUUCUACAAGAAGUAACUGUUCCUGUGAUCAACAAUUCUGUUUGUGAAACCAUGUACCGUGCAGCUGGAUACAUUGAACACAUACCAGAUAUAUUUAUCUGCGCUGGUUGGAAAAAAGGAGGUUUCGAUUCGUGUGAAGGUGAUUCCGGUGGACCUAUGGUAAUUCAAAGACCAGACAAGAGAUGGCUACUAGCUGGUAUCAUAUCGUGGGGCAUUGGAUGCGCUGAACCAAAUCAACCCGGUGUAUACACAAGAAUUUCAAAGUUCAAAGACUGGAUCAAUCAAAUAUUGCAAUUUUAA